AAACUUCAGCCUGCCUUCAGCCUAUAAAACACUCCCAAUCUCCUCCAAAUUGCAGCCUCCCCCACACUUCUAUCCUAAAUCAAAACCUUAAUCCCCACAAAAAAAUUCCUCUCCUGCAGACAUACAACUGGUCUUCAGUACAACUCUUCCUUAAAAUAGAAACCAUGGAGCUGAGUGAAGUUUCGGGGCUGAACUAUCUCUUGCCUUCAAGCUCAUCAUCAUCAGUUCUCUUCCCUCCUCAUCACCUUACCAAUGCUUCGCAUGAUCAGGUGUCGGCAUUAGCCCAUUUCAGCAAUAACCGGUCGCUUGUUUACACUGCCGGCUCGUUCCAAGCCCCUCCUUCGGGCCUCUUCUCCCAAGAGCCCAACUCAACCUCUGAUGAGGCCGAGGACCAGCAGCUGAACGUGAUCAACGAGCGGAAGCAGAGGAGGAUGAUCUCGAACCGGGAGUCGGCGCGCAGGUCCCGCAUGAGGAAGCAGAGGCACCUGGACGAGCUGUGGUCCCAGGUGGUGUGGCUACGGAACGAGAACUACCAGCUUAUCGAUAAGCUCAACCACGUGUCGGAGGUCCAUGACAAGGUUCUCGAGGAGAAUGCCCAGCUUAAGCGGGAGGCCUCCGAGCUCCGCCAGCUCUUCACUGAUAUGCAGCUGGAUAACACAUACUCCUCCCUAAGGGAUCUCGACGAGGUUUCCUGCAACACGGCCCAUCUGAGGGCCGAGUCCUCGAACCAGUCCCUCACGAGCUCCAUGGACUUGCUCGGCUAACUAAUAAUAAGUAAGCAGCUCAAGGAAGCAGUCCUUUUUUCCUCUUUUUAGUUGGAAUUUUCUAAAUCAUGACUUUCCCAACUAUGAGCCUUCUUCAUGUAAUGUCCGAGAUCGAAAUGAAAUGGAUCGGACCGAUUUCUCUAAUUGUACUUUCUGAGGCCAGUGGAUGUGAUAAACCGUGCACAACAGUCGAUAUAACAUCGAUCUUCUGCAUGCGCAUCAUUUUAUCGAAAA